UUGGCUGUCAACAUGCGUCUGAGUUCAUUGUUGUGUCUUUUUGUCGUUUUUUCUCUCUCUCAGGCUAGGCGUGGUAGGAAGCGAGAUUCAGAUGAAGAUAGUAGAGAAGACAUUAGUCAUAGUGUCAUAAUACAUCCUAACGGAACAAUUGAAUAUAAGAAGCAUUAUGUGCUCCUGUCGGCAAAGAAGACACUCAAUGACUUAGCGAACAGACCACAGCGAUUGACGGGAUCAAAAACCAAAAAGUCUGAGCAAGAAGCAAGAAAAAUAGCAGGGGAAGCCAAAAAGCUCUUUGCCAAAACUGUGAAAAAGGUAUUUACAUAG